AUGUCAAUAUUACAGCGCGGUAGGAAUAACAACAUACUUUUCGCUCUUGCGCGCUCUGUCCGAACGAAGAGCUCCCCACCCGAGGUGGGAAGCACCGAGGCAUUUGUAGGUCCUCCGGACCCCAUCUCCAACAUCCGCCCCAUCUUGCGCGCCAACCUCACCGAGCUGGGGCUACAGCGUGCGCAUCCGUACUCUCUAUCUGAAUUCUCACGCCAGGAAGUUAUUGGCUAUUCUGCUUCAGCGCUUCAUGAACGGCACAUCGAGGCAUUCAAUCACUCAUUUUGGACAGAUGUAGGCCAUCUCGGUGCUUGGAUCAAUGUCAAUCAACUGAACUAUGACUUGCUUCAGGUCAACACUAGGUUCAACGCUGCACGCCAGAAAAUAUUGGAUUCCCACCGCCAGUUGGUCCCGGAAAAGAUGCUGCCGCAAGAGAUACUGCUUUAG